UCAGUGCCGGAGUCGUCCCAGCUCCCAGUUUUCAGCAUUUGGUGUAGCUCUUGGCCGGCGGUGUCAUGGGGGAAGCGGAGAAGUUUCACUACAUCUACAGUUGUGACCUGGACAUCAACGUGCAGCUUAAAAUAGGAAGUUUGGAAGGGAAGAGAGAACAAAAGAGUUAUAAAGCUGUUCUAGAAGACCCAAUGUUGAAGUUUUCAGGACUGUACCAAGAAACAUGUUCUGACCUCUAUGUUACUUGCCAAGUUUUUGCAGAAGGGAAGCCUCUGGCCUUGCCAGUGAGAACAUCCUACAAAGCAUUUAGUACGAGAUGGAACUGGAAUGAAUGGCUAAAACUGCCUGUGAAAUACCCUGACCUGCCCAGGAAUGCGCAAGUGGCCCUGACUAUAUGGGAUGUGUAUGGACCAGGAAAGGCAGUGCCUGUGGGAGGAACAACAGUUUCACUGUUUGGAAAAUACGGCAUGUUUCGCCAAGGGAUGCAUGACUUGAAAGUCUGGCCUAACGUGGAAGCAGAUGGAUCAGAACCCACAAAAACUCCUGGCAGAACAAGCAGUACUCUCUCAGAAGAUCAGAUGAGCCGCCUUGCCAAGCUCACCAAAGCUCAUCGACAAGGUCACAUGGUGAAAGUAGAUUGGCUGGACAGAUUGACAUUUAGAGAAAUAGAAAUGAUAAAUGAGAGUGAAAAACGAAGUUCUAAUUUCAUGUACUUGAUGGUUGAGUUUCGAUGUGUCAAGUGUGAUGAUAAGGAAUAUGGUAUUGUUUAUUAUGAAAAGGAUGGUGAUGAGUCAUCUCCAAUCUUAACAAGCUUUGAGAUAGUGAAAGUUCCUGACCCUCAGAUGUCUAUGGAAAAUUUAGUUGAGAGCAAACACCACAAACUUGCCCGGAGUUUAAGAAGUGGACCUUCUGACCACGAUCUCAAACCUAAUGCUGCCACAAGAGAUCAACUGAAUAUUAUUGUGAGUUAUCCACCAACCAAGCAACUUACAUAUGAAGAACAAGAUCUUGUAUGGAAGUUUAGAUAUUAUCUUACUAAUCAAGAAAAAGCUUUGACGAAGUUCUUGAAAUGUGUUAAUUGGGAUCUACCCCAGGAGGCCAAACAGGCAUUGGAACUUCUGGGAAAAUGGAAGCCAAUGGAUGUAGAGGAUUCCUUGGAGCUGUUGUCCUCUCAUUACACCAAUCCAACAGUGAGGCGUUAUGCUGUUGCCCGGUUACGGCAGGCAGAUGAUGAGGUCCAUUGUUAUUCAUUACUCCUCUUCAACUGGGAUUUGUUGAUGUACCUAUUACAGCUGGUCCAAGCUCUCAAAUAUGAAAAUUUUGAUGACAUAAAGAAUGGAUUAGAACCCACCAAGAAGGAUAGUCAGGGUUCAGUGUCAGAGAGUGUGUCGAAUUCUGGAAUAAAUUCUGCAGAAAUAGAUAGCUCCCAAAUUAUAACCAGCCCUCUUCCUCCAGUGUCUUCCCCUCCUCCUGCAUCUAAAACAAAAGAAAGUUCAGAUGGUGAAAAUCUGGAACAAGAUCUGUGUACCUUCUUGAUAUCAAGAGCCUGCAAAAACUCAACACUGGCUAAUUAUUUAUACUGGUAUGUGAUAGUGGAAUGUGAAGAUCAAGAUACUCAGCAGAGAGAUCCAAAGACCCAUGAGAUGUACUUGAAUGUAAUGAGACGGUUCAGCCAAGCAUUGUUGAAGGGUGAUAAGUCUGUCAGAGUUAUGCGUUCUUUGUUGGCUGCACAGCAGACCUUUGUAGAUCGGCUGGUGCACCUAAUGAAGGCAGUUCAGCGUGAAAGUGGAAAUCGUAAGAAAAAGAAUGAGAGACUACAGGCAUUGCUUGGAGACAACGAAAAGAUGAACUUGUCCGAUGUGGAACUUAUCCCAUUGCCUUUAGAACCCCAGGUGAAAAUUAGAGGAAUAAUCCCAGAAACAGCUACAUUAUUUAAGAGUGCCCUUAUGCCUGCACAGUUAUUCUUUAAGACAGAAGAUGGAGGCAAAUAUCCAGUUAUAUUUAAGCAUGGGGAUGAUUUACGCCAAGAUCAACUUAUUCUCCAAAUCAUUUCACUCAUGGACAAGCUGCUACGAAAAGAAAAUCUGGAUUUGAAGUUGACGCCCUAUAAAGUAUUAGCCACUAGUACAAAACAUGGCUUCAUGCAAUUUAUCCAGUCAGUUCCUGUUGCUGAAGUUCUUGAUACAGAAGGAAGCAUUCAGAACUUUUUUAGAAAAUAUGCACCAAGUGAGAAUGGGCCAAAUGGGAUCAGUGCUGAAGUUAUGGAUACUUAUGUUAAAAGCUGUGCUGGAUAUUGCGUGAUUACAUAUAUUCUUGGAGUUGGAGACAGGCACCUGGAUAACCUUUUGCUGACAAAAACAGGCAAACUCUUCCACAUAGACUUUGGAUAUAUUUUGGGUCGGGAUCCAAAGCCUCUUCCUCCUCCUAUGAAGCUGAAUAAAGAAAUGGUGGAAGGAAUGGGGGGCACACAGAGCGAACAGUACCAAGAGUUCCGAAAACAGUGUUACACAGCUUUUCUCCACCUUCGAAGGUAUUCUAAUCUUAUUUUGAACUUGUUUUCCUUGAUGGUGGAUGCAAACAUUCCAGAUAUUGCUCUUGAACCAGAUAAGACUGUGAAAAAGGUUCAGGAUAAAUUUCGUCUAGACCUGUCUGAUGAAGAGGCAGUGCACUACAUGCAGAGUCUGAUUGAUGAAAGUGUCCAUGCUCUGUUUGCCGCGGUGGUAGAGCAGAUUCACAAGUUCGCCCAGUACUGGAGAAAAUGAAAUUGGUUUGGCCCAUCAAGAUGCUUGUCUCUGUAAGGAAACUACUUUAGAAACAACAUGUGUAUAACGAAGACUUCAGGCUAACGAGCAAGGAAGAGAAUAUUAGUCUUCAAAAUACCAUAUAUCCUAAAUGUUACAGGCAUCCUAAAUGCCUGAAUUCUGUUUCCUUGGUUGUCCUUGCUUAAAUAUGGUCCUGAAGGGUUUGUUCUGAUAUAUUGUAUAUAUUUAUUUUCAAAUGUACACAUUGUUAAUAAGCUAAGAAGUAAAAAUUUUGUUCCAGAACUACGUACAUAUUAUGAGAGCUCUGAAGGAAUUUCAUGUUGACAUAGUAAAACAUUUUAGUCUUCAAGUUUGAAAGUCCAUUUUUUUCUUCAUCUUUUCACAUCAGAUGAGCAGUUAUAUGAAUCUGGACUGUCUUAGUUUUGGUUGGUUGUUUGUCUCUCCCUCCCUUGUUCCCUUUCUCUCUUCUUCCUUCUCCUCUCCCCCUACAUUUUUUAUUUUUUAAUUUUUUGUCCUAACCUAUAACACUUAAAGUUUUACACUUUAUGGCCUAUUCAUUUAUACGUUGAGAAUUGUAUAUAUUUCAAAUAAGAUAGUCAUUUUUUUUUACAAAUACUGUAUUUUGUUUCUUAUUUUUUUUGUGGUUCACAUUUCUCUUAGGUUUUAAGUACAUAAAGCAGGUUAUAAAAAUGUGGCUAUCUGAAUAAUUGGCCAAAAGGUAAUAUGGCAGCAGCUUUUCAUAUUGAGCCUAAAAUAUUUUUACAUGUAAGCAUAAAUUGUCUUUCUGCAAUAAAUUUUUUUUUGUAAUGAAAACUUAGUUUUCAAGAGCUUUUAAAAAUAGCUCCCCUAGACCUGUUAAUGUAAUAUAUCCUUUCUGAUUAAAGCAAAAUAAUUUUUGGUCUUUUAAGACUAGAAGUCCUACUAAUCCAUCUAGCUUUUUUGCAUCAUGGAACUUUAGGGAAAAGGAACAAACACAAACGAAAAGAGCAGCACAGUAAUAAUCUUUGCAAAUAAUGUGUUGCAAGGUCAUGUGAUUUUGUUUUGGAAGAUAAAUAAUAUCUCAUUCUUCUGGUGCUGAAUAAAUAUUUAAUAUCAAAUGACAGAAAAGAUUAAGAAGGUUAAAUUUAGGCAGAGUUUCAGAGAAUGUCAUUAAUUAUAAUGUUUGUCACCAAAUUCAUAUCUGUGAGUCUGCCUUGUUGGGGUGGGGUUCCCAGCUGGAAAGCAAGCAUAUAAUUAAGAGAUAUCUUAGAAGCAUAUGGAAUGUGACUUGUAUAAAACAUACAUCAGAUUAGAAAAAUGGUAAAGAUGAAAAGGCCUUUGCAAAUUAUCGUAAGAGAAUAAUGACUAACCUAAUUGGCAAGCUUCAUCCUCUCUCUUGCUUUUUCUUUGCUUCACAUAUUUCCAUCAUUUUUUGUUGCCUAGAAGUUUAUAACCGAUCUGCAUUCUUAUUCUUUUAGUCCUAUUUCUAUUGGUACCAAAAAGUUCUCAAAAUGGCGUUGCUGAAAGUGACCACUCCAACUUUCUGAACUCUUUUAAUUCUUUAUUUGUAGCUUUUUAAUUGACACUUAGUGGGUAGUUUUGUUAUAGUUACAGAGGUUGGCCCUUUUCUCUAAAGGGCCAAGGUAGUAAGUAUCUUCAGCUUUGGAAAGCAUAUGAUCCUGGUCACAACAACUGAACUCUGCUUUAUGAGUAAAACAGUCAUAGACAACAUGUAAACAAAUGGCAUGGCCAGAUUUGACCCUCAGGCCAUAAUCUGCUGACCCCUGUUUGAAUUAACUAUAGGGCAAACUGGGUCAUUUUAAUUAUCUUUAUAAAAUCGAUAACAUUUUGCAUAGAUAGUAACAUGUAUAUUUAUAUUACAUGCUCUAUAUUUUUUGGACUAGUAUGAAAUUGUAUAAUGGCAAACACUGACAACUAGUAAGGAGGGUUGAUCAUGAGUAACCUUGUAGUCCAUGCAAACUUGGUAGGGAUUAUGAGGGAGAUAGAGCUUUCUAGGAAGGAAGACAUGUAUUGACCGAAGAUAGAUAGUGGCUUUGGUUUUGCAAAGUAUUUUGGCUCUGGGUGGUGAGCCUACAUCAGAAAGAAAAAUGAUUCAUCAGUUUCAAUUUCUAUUGCUCACAGCAACCUCUGUGCUCUUACUAUUUUCCCCAAAUGCCAUUGUUUUUUAUAACGUAGUCUGUAUUUUCCUUUACUAUCAUUGCCAUUCAGAUUCUUUGGCAAGUUUUACAGUGUUUCAAGCACAAUGCUUGCUUUGAGUUUGAAGAAAGUGUUUGUGAGGACACAGUGCUUUAAUUAAAAAUUAUGAGUGUACUAUAGUAUUCAGAGUGGUAUUUCUGAGUUAGGGAAAGAAAGUGUGGAUAGCAGCCACUGUGAGUGGGGCUACCAGAAAAAAGUAAAGUGUGGUUCACAUCCCUAAAUAAGGGGUUGAUACAACCUGAUUUUUGUUAUUCUCCAUAUACUAGGGUUGUAUGUUAUUCUCCAUAUACUAGGGUUGUAUGUUCCCCAGCUCAUUUGUUUUAUGUUUUGGGUAUAUAUUAUAAUAAUAAUAGUCAACAUUAUUUAUAAGGGCUUACUAUUACAUAUCAGGAUUAUGCUAAUUGCUUCAUAUGCAUUAUAUCACUAUUCUGUAUAGCAGUCCUGAUGGAGAAUUGUCUCCCCGUUUUCCAGAACUUUAAGGCAAGUGAAUCAUCUGCCCAACGUAAGGCUGCAAAGUGAGAGCAGAGUUAAGUGUUUUAAGUUGAGUUACUCAGAUUCCAGUGAUCACAGUCUUGACCAUCAAAAUCUCCUGGCCUUCAUUUCUCACUGAGAGGUAAUGGUACUGACCUCUAGUAUGCGCAUGUAUGUGUACGUAUGUGGUUCAUUAGACUUGAAUCCCCCCAGACAAAGCCUGUUCCUUAUUUUUUUUUUUUUUUUUUUUUGUCAUGAACAGGAUUACCAAAGGUAUGGGCAGUAGUCAACAAAUUAAACAAAUUUCUAAGAAA